CUCACUGCAAUGGCACCUGGAUUUUGCAUUGCGGGAAAGACCAGGGGUUUACCAGAAAGAGCAAAAGGUUUUAGAGCUAUAAAGAGAUUAAAGAGAGAAAGAAAAGGCAGAAAGCAUUGCUUGGAGAUAGAGGAAAUUCACAUACGGAGAGAGAGAGAGAGAGAGAGAGAGAAAAGGGGAGGCUUGUUGAAGAAUGGAGAGUAGUAGUAGCAACAGCAUUGUAGUGGGCAAUCAGACAAAGCCAUUUCAGGGAAUCAGAAUAGAGAAUCCCUUUACUUUCAAAGUCCUUCAAGUAUUUACUGGCUUUGGCGUGGGUUGUGGUAUUGGUAUUGGCGUUGGUAGCCCCAUAAAUCUAGGUAGCCCCUCCCUUUCUAUCCCUCGCUCUCUCAAUUCUUCUCUAUUUAAUCUCUGUGUGUGCAUACUUUGGAAAGAUGAAUUUUGGGGGGUUUUUUAAACCAAAGAAUUGUGGAACCCAUCAGAAAUCUCUGGCUGGAAUCCCAUGGGCAGUACCAAUGGUAGGUGCACUUAUGAAUGCGGGCAGAGGUGCAACUGAUGUCUUUUCUGGUGUUAGGACACCUGUAAAUAAUGCUCUGCGUAAGAUGGGAGCUAAGAGAAUUGAAGUAGGCAUGGGAUGUGGAGUUGGUUUUGGCCAUGGCUUUGGAGUCGGUCUUGCUGUGAAACCAGGGGUGCUGCAGAAGAUUCAAAUCUUUCUCAUACAAGAGAUGACAAAAAUGAUGACAAAAUUUGGAGUGGCUCCCAAUUUAUCGAUUGGUCAAGGUGCUCUCCCAUUGUCUAUGCAAAGUGGCACAAGUGCUAUGAAUGGACCAGCAAUCCAGAACCCACUGGGAAGUAUCACACAACUGGCAACAAGACUUCCGGACCAAACAUCUCAAGGCAUUCUCGGAUAUGGAAAUAUGAGUCCACAUGCAAGCUCUGAGCACUCCUCGCCAACAAGUAGCCUAGUUGAUACACCUUUUGGAAGUCGAACAGAAAAGGUCCUUAGUAGUUUUCUGCAGAAUCCAAUUCUGAAGGAAGAGGACAACAAUCUAAGUGAAGUGGCUGGACGCUUGCGGUGUGAAAAUAACCUACUUCAAACGGUGUUGAAACACCAGCAAGUCAUUGAAGAACUUGUGGCGGAGAAUGAGAAGCUUCGACAAAUACUGGUGGAAGACCUGAAAAUAUCACCCAGCAAGCUCCAAUCUGGUUAUUCCACUAGAAAUAAAUCUACAUGUGCUGAUUGUUUUGAGUGCCGAAGAAAACAAAGAAAAAGGUAGAUGAAAUUACACGUAAAGAUCACCAGAGAAGACAUUCAGUUUCCUGACCACUAAGGUCUUAACUGAUGCCCCUUUAGCUGUUGCUUGGCUUGGCAUCCAUCACAAGACAAUAAUCAGAAGCUAUUGAUCAUGAAAGUAGAUACAGUUUUAGUUGCAGACAGAUUGAUUGAAUUAGUUGAAUAUCAAAUAUACACACAGCUGAAGAGCUUCUGAAAGUGGAGCUAGACGGUAAUCUAACCUUUUCUUUUUCAGAUUUCAUUAUUCGCUUUUUUCCCAAUACAUAUUUGUGGAUCUUCAACUCUGCAAAGAGGACUUCUUUUUUUUUCUCGAGUCAAUUGACUGUGAUUUGAUUUUACCUGAUUUAUGUGUACUGAUAACUUCAUUUACCUGCUCUGCUUUCUAUUCCUAGUUCGUAGUCUGUUGGUUUUGCUCUGCAUUUGUACAGCAUGCCUCUAAUUUUUUCAAAUGCUGCAAUGUAAUUUAUGAAUAAUGAGGCUAAUCUAGUUCCUAUUCAUGGAUUUUUCUAUCGUGGCUAA